GCACAGAAAUUUCAAUUUUAGUUGAAAAUUGAAAAUAUUGAUUUGAUAGAAAUGGUGAGAUUGCACGUAAAGAAAGGUGACGACAACCAAUUUUUAUAUGAUACCGAUGUGGAGGCGAAUGUGGACGAUGUCAUAUCUGACAUCGUAGUGAUCUACAAUGGUCGUUUGAAGAUUUCAAGAAUUUGUUAUGAGAUCGAGGAGCUGGCUAAGCACGGCGUGAUGUUACCACCUGACAUAAUGGGCCUCACGGACGAUCAGGUCAAGGAGCUCAAACUCAAGGACGAAUGGGCCGACAAGUGCGUGCCCAUGGGCGGUUGGACUUUCAACAAAGACAAGAUCGGUCGUAGAAAUGGUAGACAACCCAACGAAAAGAUGCAGGAGGUGCUGAAAAAAACUAUUGAGGAUGCACGUAUCAUGACAUCGAAAAAAUUAGUGCAACAAGAGAAAUUGGUUACUCAAAAGAUAAUUCAAGAAGCUCUGGAUUUGUUAAGAGGCGCCGUGACGAUCGUUUAUCCGAUGGGACUUCCACCACACGAUGUAAUAUGUAAAGAGUUUGAAAAUACCGAAGAUCUCACCGGUACUCAAGCUUCUCUCGAGGUAAUCGAUGUGCAACUGGCUCAACUAUGGUUCUCCGGAAAGGAGUUAUUACCUGGGAAGAAGAUGAAGGACUUCGUGGGUAAUAACGAGAAAACCAAGGUGAUCGUGAAACUACAAAAGAGAGGAUCUGGAAAACCGGCGAGGGAACCGUUAAUGUCAGAAGAUGAACGGAAACAGUUAAUGUUGCACGCGUAUCGUCGUCAAGAACAGCUGAAGAAACUUGAACAAGACGAUGACGACGAGUAUCUCAACUCCCCCUGGGCCGACGGCAGCAGUUUGAAGCGACAUUUUCAAGGUCUGAAUAAUAUCUCGUGGAGACCACAUUAGGCGAUAAUUCAUCGCCGUCCGUAAAGCAAGGCGUUGGCCGAAAAAGCUUUCUUGAUCGAAGAAGGAUGAGGAAGAGGAACCAAGUUAUCUUUCUGUCUCAGGAUCGACUAAAAUCCACCCUCGCGAUUCACGGAGUGAACCAGAGGCAAACUCGGUACUUUCUCAAGACACGCGAAUCGUACGCGAAUAUAUGGCGAUUCAAGGAAACCUUUAACGAAUCUGCCAUUUCUCUAUUGUAAAAAUCUGUUUCCAUUACAAGCGCCGACUAUACUUGCAGGUGUCACGAUAUUUCGCGACGUACUUUUUCCUACUCGAUAAUAGCUCAAUAAUUGCGAAGUCGUGCGUAUAACUCUGUCGCAACUCGUGCCAGAGAGGCAGCAGUCCCUCUCAAACGCGGUAUCUUCAGUGCGAUGCUCGUAUGCGCCAGAAAAGUUCUUCGUUUCUUGCAAAUGUUUAACAUUGGCGGCAGUCGUUAUACCGCGCGCCAAAAUUGAUUUACCUCGCACGAUGCCUUCUUCGUAGCUUGUCUAAGUACGAUUCGUGAUUCGAAAUCAAUUCGCGAAUCCCGUGCCUGUAUAUCGCAUCCUGUAAACACGAAGAAUCUGUCCUUACUGUCGUAUACGUAGCGUUCGGGGUACACCGUAUAUUUUUAAACGAUUUUCCACGAUGUAUCCGCGAUGGUAGAUGAUCGUUCUGCGUAAAGAGGAAAUAAAUCGGUCGCUUUGAAAAUCGGCGCAAGUCUUAAAAAAAAUUAAAGUCUGCACUAUUCUCGAAUUAUAGAAAUGUGUAAUGAUUAAGUUACAAAUUUAUAUGUAAUAAGCGAUAAAUUUUUAACGGCGGAUUAUAAAUCUGCCUGUGCCAGCCGUAAAUUUUUGGAAUGUACGUCUUCAUCCAUGCGGCACCAAGUUGCGGACUUUAAAGAAGCUUAUUUUUACAUAAGCGAUAAAUGUCUUCUGUCUCUAUCGCAUAUAUGCCCAUUAACUGAUUGAAUCUUAAAGUUACUGGACUCGUGCCAUUCUCAAAAUGACUGAUGCAAAUUUGCAACGAAGCGCAUACCGAGUACACGCUCCCUCUGGUUCACUCAACGAUACCGAAAGGACGUCCAUCUGGAGAACGCAGGGGAGGGAAAGACGCGUAGCGAGGUUCUACUCGCGGCAUCACGCGCUAUCUGUAUAUUAAAGUCACGAGUUUAUAGCUAUGAACUUAAAGAACUUAAUCAGUAAAACUAUGAUCUAAAUACCGUUAAACGUUACGAGUAUUAUCAGGUAAUUCGCUUGCUGUGUGAUCAUGAUGCGUCCACUCGCGUGCAUCGUUAGACAUUUUUAUCAAACACACCGACAUCACGUCCGUUCCACUUUUAUCUGGCGACAUGCUUUUGCAAAUAAAAAGUGUCCAUCCCCCGCACCCCGUUGCGGCCUCGUCCAUGUACUAUGAUCUCCACACGCACAAAUUCUAACGGUUUUCAGGUACCUGACCGACACGUACGAAGAAACGUAGGUACCUUCGCGAGUUUUACGACUGCUACAUAUGCGCAUUUAAAUCGAUACGAAUGCACAAGGCGAAGAAACGUUUGGUAUAUAUCGGAGAAAGGCUUCUCUCGAGAGAAAACCCGAGAUAUGGCCUGUUGUUUUUAGGUGCGCUUUCUGCAUUCAAACGAGGCAAAUUAUGCGCUAUUCCUUCAGGAAGAAAUCAAGAAAACAG